UUACAACAACAACAAAAAACAUUCGAAAACCAGUCCUUGGCGGUGUGUAAUCCAUCACACGCAGUCUGAAUUCUGUCGCGUUCAUCCUUCCUCGUUUGCGGAAAGCUUCUCCGGGUGCUUUUUUAAGAAAUGGCCGAAGGUAAUGGUGAGGUUGUUGAAGAGAUGGCAAAUCAGAAAUCAGGCGAGGGGGGCGACGGCGAACGAACGCAGGACUACUCGAAGCUGUUGGAAUAUGGAUUACACAAGAUGGUCGCGGGGCGGUUGGACGACAUAUACAAAACUGGUAAACUAGCCCACGCUGAAUUGGACGAACGGGCACUCGACGCGCUGAAAGAAUUUCAUGUAGAAGGUGCCUUGGACGUACUGGAUCAGUUCCUAGACUCAAACCUCGAACAUGUGUCAAACAAAUCGGCCUUCCUAUGCGGUGUCAUGAAAACGUACAGGCAAAAGGUUCGAGCAACGCAACAAGGACAACCCACACCGCCUGUUACAGUGCAAGCGAAAGGACCGGACGAGGAUAAGAUUAAGGCGAUUCUGGAGCGCACCGGAUACACAUUGGAUGUCACAACAGGACAACGCAAGUACGGUGGGCCUCCACCAAACUGGGAGGGCAACACACCGGGAAACGGUUGUGAGGUGUUCUGCGGCAAAAUACCAAAAGAUAUGUACGAGGACGAGCUCAUCCCGCUGUUCGAAAAGUGCGGUAAAAUUUGGGACCUUCGAUUGAUGAUGGAUCCGAUGACAGGCACAAACCGUGGUUACGCAUUCGUUACCUUCACCUCACGGGACGCUGCCUCGAAUGCCGUACGGGAGCUCAAUAAUUAUGAAAUAAAGCCCGGCAAUUGUUUGAAAAUAAAUGUAAGCGUGCCGAAUCUGCGCCUUUUUGUAGGCAACAUACCUAAAUCUAAAGGAAAAGAAGAGAUUUUAGAUGAAUUUGGUAAACUAACAGCGGGACUUGUUGAGGUAAUUAUUUAUAGCUCUCCAGACGACAAGAAAAAGAAUCGAGGAUUUUGUUUUCUCGAGUACGAAUCACAUAAAGCAGCCUCUCUGGCCAAGCGACGACUGGGAACCGGAAGGAUAAAGGUAUGGAAUUGUGAUAUAAUAGUAGACUGGGCGGAUCCGCAAGAAGAACCGGACGAACAAACCAUGAGCAAGGUCAAAGUAUUAUACGUACGAAACCUAACACAAGACACUAGCGAAGAAAAGCUAAAGGAAAGUUUCGAGCAAUUUGGUCGCGUCGAACGAGUGAAGAAGAUAAAAGACUAUGCAUUUGUUCAUUUUGAAGACCGUGAUAAUGCCGUCAAAGCAAUGAAAGAUUUGGAUGGCAAGGAGAUUGGUGGAUCUAAUAUAGAAGUAUCUCUAGCUAAACCCCCGUCCGAUAAAAAGAAAAAAGAAGAAAUCCUGCGAGCCCGUGAAAGGCGCAUGACUCAGUUUCUACAGACUAAAAUUGGUUUAGUGAGUUCGGUACCAUCUUUUCCCAGCAUGUCACCACACCAUCCUGGUAUGAUGCCUGGCGCUAUGCCCCCAUUAAGAGUUCCCAGUGGAGCUGGUGGUGGUCCAAGAGGUGCCCCGAUGAGGGGAGCAGGCCCGAUGGGCCGUGGCGAAUACGCAAUCGGUAAGCGCAAAUUUGAAGGAGGUCCUCAUAACCAAGGGGAUAUAAAGCGACGCUAUGGAGCAUUAGCAAAUUUUGGUAAUAACUGGGGAAGUCAACCUUUGCCUCAACAGCCACUAGGGACGAACGGUGGAGAGCAAUGGUACACCGAUACCUACUCUGCGUGGAGUUAAACUAACUUGCACAUACCCAUUGAAAUCAGCUUUGUGUCUACUCCAACAUUCAACAGCAACAAUAUGAUCAUUUGCUCUUGUAUACAAGAACACCUGAAGCAAAGCAAACACAACAUAAAUAGUUCAUCUGGUUAGACUGGAAGUUUUCCAUUUCUUUUUCAAUUGAGUAACAUUAACUACAGGGGAAAAGAUAACUUUUCUAAUUACACAUUUAUAAUUAAAUUUUACGCAAAAGUCACAUAGUUUAAAAGCAUAAGACAUAGCUGACUAGGCACUGUUGGAAAUGGCACGGCGUUUAAUGAGCGAAAUGGGAAAAUGGAAAAAUGACUGAUUUUAUUUGGCACACAAAUCAUACCAAAAUGAUGUUACUCAGUGAACGAGAAGUAACUUCCCAAAGCUACCAUUGGAACGCAAAUUGUAGCAAACGUGACUGAGGGAAAUUUCUAACAAAGAUCUGAUGGCGCAACAUCAAUACAAAAAAAGGAAAAAACAAAUUGGUAAAUCAGACACAGGGAUAAUGUUGUAUAAAAAAGUGAAUUGAAUUUCGGUAUGUGAAAAUAUUUCGAGACGAGGGUGUAUUAAAUUUCGUGUUUGUUUGCGAGAUGAGAGGAGUGCUUGCAGUAAUUUUAAACAUGUUCAUCUUCAGUUUUAUCUCCAAUUUCCAAUCGAUCAUUAGUUCCAAUUAAAUCCGCAAAAAAGCAGUCGUGUUACCAUUUUGAAUAGCUUCCCCACAAAUGACAAAUGAUAGUUCAACAAGUGAGACAAAUUCAAAAUUAUUAUACAACAACGAAAUAAUCGAGAUCUCCACCGUUUUAUAAAAUUGAUAGUCGCAAAAUAGGUACGUAACAAAACAGGUUCCCUAGGGCUUGUAUUUACCAUUAAUUUCUAAUUGCUUAACGAAACAGACGUAGUGGUGAUGCACGUAAGAAGUGAAGAAUAGUAUGGAAAGUGUAGCACAUUGAUUGAAAGCCAGGCAAACACGCGUGAAUAGUUCGCCAAGUCUAAAAUAAAUUUCCAGAAAACUACAUCGGCUGAGUGUAAAUGAGAAAAUUUGAGUUCUCUGAAAAAGUAAAUGCCAGAAAUACAAUAUUUUGGAUAAGGAAGUCCUAAUCGUGAUAGUGAAUGAAAGUUGAACACUCGUUUUCUCGGUUUUUUUGUUUCGUUAAUAGAAAUCAUUGGAAAAGGAAAAAGUUUAUUUUGAGUUAUGUUGGAUUUGUUUUGUAUUGUUCUUGUUUCAUUAUUAUUUUGAAGCGCAAUAGAAGGCAAACAUUUACUUGCGAAUAAAGUGUAAAUAGAGCGCGGUAUACUUGAAGAAAUUUAAAACAAGGCUCUAACCUCUAAAAGUGAAUACGUUGUGCGAAAUUUCUAAGGAUAAUGUAGCAACGCAUAGAUUUUUAUGUUCAUUCAAACAAUGUGUAUGUAUACAUUCAAUGAGAUGAACAUUUAAGUGAAAAUGAAAUAUGUGGUGUGAUAUAUUCGAAAAAAGAAGAAAGCAGCCGGUCAAAAACAAUGUCAGAAAAAGUGUAAAAAUGUUUGAAAACCCUAAAGUUUGGGUGUAAAAAGUUAAUGUUAGAACUAUUUUGGUUUGUAUAAAUUUAAAAUUAAACUUGCUUAGGGCAUGAAUCUAAUCGAGAAUGAAGAAAAUAUUCGAUAAAAGUGUUCAAAUUUAAUAGGAAUCAAAAUUGGCUAUAAAGUGAUGAGAUAACACACAGCAAACGAAAAGAAAGUAAAAGUAUUAUUGGACUCUUUUAUCAGACGGUGACCACCAUAAAUUGGCGAAAAGGAAAAUUUUAUUUAUGUUAUUUAGGAAUUCAUCGUUUUUAUUUCAUGCCCGCAGCCAGUCGUAUAAAGCUACCACAAGGGUGAAAAAUUCCGUGUUCAUUAGAAUGAUUAGAAGCAAAAUUAUAUUCGACAGCGGUGAAAUGUUUUCCGAGAGAACACAUUUGGCUACUAGCGAUCAAAUAAGAGAAAAGAGAAUUAGUGGUAGCAGAAGCAAAAAGCGCAUCUCUUCGCUGACGAGUGGAAAACGUGCAAAAAAUUUAAACGAAAUAAGUCAAGGGUGGAAACUAAAAAAGGUAUAGUCUAAGACAAUAUGAAAAUUGCGCUAUAACGACGAACACUGGGAGGUCAGAACAAUUAUGGAGGAUAAACUAAUCUCAAAUCGAAAACUAUGACGAAAAUCGAUCAAGAGUUGAUGUGAGAAAAAACUUGACAAGAGUGAAACGGCUAACAGUUCUAAACAUAAGCAAUGAAAACUGGAUGGCAAAACGGAGAGGACUAUGAAAAAGGUGCAAAGAAUGAAACAAAAAAUUAAAACCAUCAAAGCAGCCCCAUAGCGUCGCAAAUGCUGCUGCACGGAGGAAAAAUAUGCAAAAUUUUAGCUCAAACACUUGAACGCGUUGGUGCACGAACACGUUUCAUACAUCCAUUUGAAACAAAGUAUGAAAUGAUAAAAGCCUUAUCCGAUCAUAUAAGCAGGCGGGGAAAAGAGAGAAGUGGUGGUAUUGUAGCAUUAGAACGAUCGUGAGGACAACAAUGAUAAACAAAAAGGAUUACAGUAACAAACGGAAAGUCUACAAUCGAACCGUAUCGAAAAUCAGCAUUGUGUGUGUACUACCUUUUAUUUUAUACCUAUACUACUUGAAACAGUACAUUUUGAAAGUUUUUUUUUGCGCCAAAACAUACAUUUAAAAAUUGAAUCAUCCCAAACAUGCUGGGCUUACUUCAGCAAAUGUUUUAAACUACACAUGUUCCGUAAGAGUUUUUUUCAAUUAUAUCUUUUGUUUCUUUUUCUUUGAUAUUAUACUUUGUUUUCGUUCAUGUUAAUCUAGCCCUCCGGAGGCGUUGUCCACACAAACAGCCUAGCGCAAAGUAUCGAUGUUGGUUACGAUUAUUUUACAACGUCAUUAUGCUUGUGCGUUCGAGAUAACGGAUUGGUAUAAUUAAUCACGGUUACCUUAACAUCAACACAAGUUCAAUACUUUUUCCUCAAAAAGUAAAACAAAAAUAACUAGUUUUAUUUUCUUCUUAAUUCAGCCAAGUGUUGCUCAUAGUUUGCAUAUCGUUGAUUUCGUUUUAUGGUAUAUAUAUAUACAUACAUAUAUGUGUUUUAGUUGGUUUGUUGGAACUCUCUUUAUUGGGGGAGAGCUUUUAGAGCAGACAUACGCUCGGACUCCAAUAAAAAUCAGGGGCAGAGCACGAUCGUGGAAUUAUCACAAUGCAGUGAAACAAAAAUGGAAGCGUAAGAAACAAAAUUUUAUACGCAAACCAAGGCAAAUAGAACAAUAUCGAAUACGGAUUACGUAUGUGCAAAUCAUCCAUAUAAAUGUCACGAGUUUUAUAUCCGGGAAAACCAUUGAUCGUAAAUUCCGCUGUUUAGAGAAAACAAGCGAAACCCCAUUUCAUCACACAAUAACGAAAAACAUUGGAGCUAGAAAUAGAUUUAAUGGUCGGAAAAAUACUGUUAUUUAAGGACAGCGAUGAGGACGUGAUAAAAGUUAGCAAAAAUAGUAACGAAGAUAGUGUAAAAGAUAGGGCAUGUGUAACAAGCAAUUGAAACGAAAAGAAGCUGUCGCAGGGGGCACAGCGCGUGAUCGUGUUUUUUUUCUGCUAACGAUUAUCGUCUAUAUUUCGCGAUAUCAAAAUAUGGUGCCCAAAUAUUGAGAGCUGCCUUACAAAAGCAAAGUGGGAGAAAAGACUGAUUGAAACAUAAAACAAACUAAUGUGAGGCAAAAGAAAAUAGACGCAAGUUGUAGGGGCAUUUUCUGUUGGAUUUAUUUAGUUUGUGCAUUAUGAAAAGCUGAAGCAAAACAAAAAUAAUUCAUACAAAAAGAUAUCCACCAAAUUUUUGCACAGUAAACAUAUUGGUCCGCAUUAUUGAAUUUGGUUUUGAUUUCCAUGAACAUUUAUUUAAACCUUGAUGGUCAGUCCAUUUGAAACACACACAGUGUGUUUUCAUUCACGUGAAUACACUAUUCGACCAUCAACCCAAACCAAUAGGAAGAACAAGACAACUUUGAGACAAAGCUCGCUCUUUUGUUAGCGCAACUUGCAUUUUAUAACGCCGCCAAACUUCUGACUGCUUGUUCGAAUCUUAUACAUAAGCUGCAAACAAACAAGAACACUGUUGCCCGAACACAUCUUCGCAUAAAUGAAGGCUAAUGAAAUCAAGAAGCAUAACCAGAAAAUGUCCCAAACUCAACGGGUAUGGGAAAGAGAAAGGAAAAUUGGGGAACAAGGAAAACGAUGGAAUACAAUGAUAAAUUAUGCAAUAUUUGAACACUAUUUUAUAAUUAAAGCUAUUAUUUAAUGCAAAAUUGAGAGCAAAGCAAUGCGUAAAAGUUUAUAACCGCCCGCGAAACAAUAUAUUUUUUUACCGAAAACAUUUUAUUCGAGCAACCAAAUUAAAUAUAUUGGCAUUAGCGCACCUCCUACCAAUGGUGACCAUAAAAUUUGUUUUCCUGAUGCUUAAAAUUACUCUCGAUUGAAAAUCAAAACAAUUUAGUUCACAAAACAUACAACCUACAUGUUCACCCACCUAUUCACAUUUAUCGAUCCUACUUUUUAUUAGCUUCCAAAAGUUGACCAUGUUUCACGAACGUAUAACGUUUUAUCAACGAACAUACAUUUCGAGCGAACUGAGGGCAUAUUUUUGUUAGUACUGUUCUUAAAUUUGUCUGUAAAGCUGAAAAUGUUGCUAUGUAUGUUUUUUUAUUACGUUUGUAAAAGAAGGGAAAUUUUCAGAGGCACUUUGUUAUCUAACUACAGUGAACUUUACUUUUGGGUUGUCGCAAAAUUCAACUCUGUAAUCAGAGUGUCAGUGAGUCUUUGAAUCAUAUUAGAACUCGUUUUUGUCUACUUUUAGUCUGUUUCGUUUGUGUUCUAGUUUUUGGUGCAUUGUUCAAUUUACGAAAUCGCCCAGUCUUCAGUCGUUCGUUCAACAUUUUCAUUACGUAUUUUUUGUGGAAAGAAAUAUUUUAAUUGUUUUAUAAUUGCUGCCUGCUGGCUGAUGUAAUUGAAGGUCGAAAGUGGAAGCUUCACAAAAGUACCCAACGCCAGAGAAUUUCCCUUCUUCUUAUCUUUGUAAGGAAAUGAUUAAAUAAUGAGCUAAAAUAACAAUGCCACAUUUACGUUAAUAAACACAUUGCAUAACACUUCCCUCACCUUUUCGAUGUCGAAACCAUGUUUCAACUCAAAUGUGCUACUGUUUGAGAGAUACCAAUGUACUGGGGCUCCUCGAAGAAAUCCUAACCUAUCUAUUCUUGCGGCGACAGAAACGAAACUCAAAUCCAAAUCCAGUUACAAUUACAGUCCAAUUCGACAAACCAAGAUUAUUUCGCAAAACAAACUACGUUGAAAAGCUGAACAAUACGAAUAAUGCUGUAUUAGAUUGAAGGUAAAAAUUGCUAAGGAUAACGUAUUUAGACAAAAGAAUAAGAUAAAAUAAGCACUAUGAAUCAGUCAUAUUCGAGUAAAAAUUCAAGUAGAAACAGAAAAGUUAUUGCUAUAUAUUUUUGUCUUUUACAUCUUAUUUUUUGAGUAACAGUAGGGUAUACACGUGCGAAUUUUUAGAUAAAGUUACAUCUAUGUUCGUUGUUUUUUUUUGUAACCGUACUACAAUUAAACAGGAGUGCAAGAACAUCUUUAUCGAAAAAGGUGGUGAAAGAAAAGAUAGACAUUCUACAGAAUUUGAGCUGACUACAGAAAACCAACUUAAUAGCCAACUAAUAUAUAAGUUUUCCACUUUGUGCGUAAUAAACAUAAAAAAGAAAAUAAAACAAAUAUGUACCUAGCUAAUCUUAAACUUUUCUCACAACGACAGUUGAACUACGCUUAAAGACCAGAGGGGGAUAGUCUUUUAGUUUGGAAAAGAAUACUACUUCAAUUCCGCAUUCAGGCGUAUCGGUUUUAAAAUCAAACAGUUUUCGAAAGCAUGCGUUUCCUUAUAAUUAUAUAUUUUUUAAAUAGUCAUACACACCUUACCAAUCUACCAAUCAUAAAACAGGCAGAGACUAUAGAUUCGAAAUCGCAUACGAACUUUUCACACAAACAAUGCUAGUACUACGGCGCAAAAUAGUGAAUCGUUGAAGAAACAGCUAUUAGCGAUAUGGUUCGUUUUCCGUUUGUUCAUGCAAGUCCUCCGACGGAAAAAGGAAAGAACGAGACACAUUUUUAUUUCUUUCAUACAAUGUAACCUAUUUUCACCUGAACACGAAAUGAAUGUUCUCACAUACUAAAAAACAGAUUUUAAAUUUGGAAACAAACUUUUGUGCCCUUGCUAAACCACGAAUCAAACUAGUAGCAGAACCUGUCACACAGUGGAGUUACGCACUCAAUAGGAACCAUUUUGAACACAAAAGAAAACGAUGGCGAAAUGGCUCACAAAUUGCUUAUAAUCGUUUGUUAGGCGAUAAAAAAACAAAAGAGGGAGAGCCAUUCUCGUUUUAUAUCACUGGGUGACUUCAAUAAGAGCGGUUACUCUCGCAUAGUUCUUGGUUGCAAUCAGAGUGCUACAAAUGGUGAAAUUUAAAUUUGCAAGCGCGUACGGCUUGUGCAUCAAAUCUUUUGGCUCGCUCGAUGAGAUUAAUUCUGUAGCUUAGUAGUUUAACACAAAAAAGUGAAAAAAUAAGGCAAAUUUUGAAUUACUACUGUCUGCAGUGGUAUUAAUAUUACACGUUGUAGAGUACUGCUCACGCAAUACACAUCAUCGUGUUACUUUGGACACACUUUUAGUUUUGGGCACCUUUGGGUUUUUUUUCGUUUCUUCUCAUCGCAGUAAGCUGUAUUCCGAAUAUGCUACUCAUUAGGCAAUAGAUUUGCUCAUAUUUUAAAUGUAGACAUAAUCGUCGUCAUAUUACCGUUCGUGUCAUUGCCAAUUGCCUGCAAUGACGGCCUAUUUUUAUUUCUUCACAAACUUGCCUACACAUUUGUUUGGCCGAUCUAUAUUAUGCACCAUAUGAAAAAAAUGUAGUAUCCAAAACAGAAACAGAUUUUUGUACAACCCACUGACGAACACAUAGAAAAAGACUCAUAUGAAUUAAAUAGUUUAUUUAACCAAUAUUUUAUGUUUGUAAACCACUAAAUCAAAACGAAGAAUUGUUUGAAACUGAGAUUGUGACCGGGCGAAGCGAGAGAAAAACAAUUGUCUUCGAACCGACAACAGCACGAAAGUCCUCCGCCCCUUAAGGGGUUUCUGAAGCGACCACCGUUUAAAAAUUGAAAAUCAAAUAAAUAACAGGCAGGCACUCGCUAGUGUGAACAGGUCAAUGAGGGCAUCACUCAUCACACUCCACAAAGUUAUGCUACUAAAAAUUAUCCGGUACAAACAGGAAAAACAACAACUUAUACAAUUGAAGGGCUGAAGACAGUGGGAAUACUUCAAGUGCGAACAAUAGAGCACCAUUAGGGCCAGCGAGAACAGAAAGAGGCAGAAUAAGUCGCAUCAGCAGCAGCAGCAGCAACGUCAUUGAGAUAGGGAUCAUGCGUCAUGCCUGUAAAGCAGUGAAAAGGGAACCAACAGGUAGAGCAAGAGAGUGCGUAGGACGGUUAGGGAAGAUCAGAAAUAAAAGGAAAUCAUCAACCACCUUUGUAACUGCUCUAUAUACGAAAGAAAAUAAAAAAUAAA